AUGCAUGAGUAUACAGAGAAAAACUUUAAAAGCUUGAGCGUAUUAUUGGAUUGCUUGCAUGACCGAGAAAUUAAACAGUUGGAAAAUAAUGAAAGAGAAGGAGAUACUUUCAAGAAAAUAUGUGAACAUUGUGAAGAAGUAAUGCAGGAGCUAAAAAGGACGGCUCAGCAUUUUCGAAUCAAUGAGGAAGAUAUAAGAUAUCAAAGCUCAACUUUGUUUGAGAAUUUGGAUUUUGGAAGUGAAAUUACUGCUGCAAUAAUUCGUGCUGCUGAAAAUUUAACAAAGGAAAACGAUGAACUGAAAAAUGAAAAUGCAGAACUCAGGAAUACGAUUUUUAUAUUGGAAAAAGAAAACAUAGAUUUAAAAGAGAUGAGAAAAAUGUCAAUUGUACAAGAGAAAAAAUUUGAAGAGGUAGAACACAGAUUAGACCGUUUGCGAGAAGAAAGUGAACGAUUAAUAAAAGCAUGCUAUGAUGAGGAUGAGGAAGUUGAUGAUCUUAAAAAUCAGAUAUCAGAAUGGUUGAAUACAAAUCACUAA